CCCCAGCGCGGACAUGCCCUCGCCUGGCGCCUGCCGCGGCCCGAGCCGCCCGAGCCCCGCGCUGUAGGCAGCGCAGUGGCGUGACCCGACGGUGCGGACUGUGGACAGCGCGGGGCGGCAUGGAGGCGGCGCACCUGCUCCCCGCCGCCGACGUGCUGCGCGGCUUCUCGGUGUCGGCCGAGGACGGCCUGAGCCCGGCGCAGGUGACGGCCGCGCGGGAGCGCUACGGCCCCAACGAGCUCCCGACAGAGGAAGGGAAGUCCUUAUGGGAGCUGGUGCUGGAGCAGUUUCAGGACCUGCUGGUGCGCAUCCUGCUGCUGGCCGCCCUGGUCUCCUUCGUGCUGGCCUGGUUUGAGGAGGGCGAGGAGACCACCACAGCCUUCGUGGAGCCGCUGGUCAUCAUGCUGAUCCUCGUGGCCAAUGCCAUCGUGGGAGUGUGGCAGGAGCGCAAUGCUGAGAGCGCCAUCGAAGCACUGAAGGAGUAUGAGCCUGAGAUGGGCAAGGUGAUCCGCACGGACCGCAGGGGCGUGCAGAGGAUCCGGGCCCGGGACAUCGUCCCCGGGGACAUCGUGGAAGUGGCCGUGGGGGACAAGGUACCUGCUGACCUCCGGCUCCUGGAGAUUAAGUCUACCACGUUGAGAGUGGACCAGUCCAUCCUGACAGGAGAAUCUGUGUCAGUGACCAAGCACACAGACGCCAUCCCAGACCCCAGAGCUGUGAACCAGGACAAGAAGAACAUGCUGUUUUCCGGCACCAACAUCGCGUCAGGCAAGGCAGUGGGUGUGGCGGUGGCCACGGGCCUGAACACGGAGCUGGGGAAGAUCCGGAGUCAGAUGGCGGCCGUGGAGCCAGAGCGGACGCCCCUGCAACGUAAACUGGACGAAUUCGGGCGGCAGCUGUCCCACGCCAUCUCUGUCAUCUGUGUGGCCGUGUGGGUCAUCAACAUCGGCCACUUUGCUGACCCGGCCCAUGGUGGCUCCUGGCUCCGGGGUGCUGUCUACUACUUCAAGAUCGCCGUGGCCCUGGCCGUGGCUGCCAUCCCGGAGGGCCUCCCUGCCGUCAUCACCACCUGCCUGGCGCUGGGCACGCGGCGCAUGGCUCGCAAGAAUGCCAUCGUGCGCAGCCUACCCUCCGUGGAGACACUGGGCUGCACCUCGGUCAUCUGCUCCGACAAGACAGGCACGCUCACCACCAACCAGAUGUCCGUCUGCCGGAUGUUUGUGGUGGCUGAGGCGAAAACAGACUCCUGCCGUUUGCAUGAAUUCACCAUCUCUGGCACCACCUACACCCCUGAGGGUGAAGUGCGCCAGGGGGACCAGAAGGUUCGCUGUGGGCAGUUUGACGGACUGGUGGAGCUGGCAACCAUCUGUGCCUUGUGCAAUGACUCUGCGCUGGACUACAACGAGGCCAAGAACGCAUAUGAGAAGCUGGGCGAGGCCACUGAGACAGCCCUGACCUGCCUGGUGGAGAAGAUGAAUGUGUUUGACACAGACCUCGAGGGCCUGUCCCGGGUGGAGCGAACCAGCGCCUGCAACUCGGUCAUUAAGCAGCUGAUGCGAAAGGACUUCACGCUGGAGUUUUCCCGAGACCGGAAGUCCAUGUCGGUGUACUGCACGCCCACCCGCUCUGACUCGGCAGCCAGAGGCAGCAAGAUGUUUGUGAAGGGGGCUCCGGAGAGUGUGAUUGAGCGCUGCACCUCCGUCCGCGUGGGGAGCCGCUCGGUCCCGCUGGACGCCAACUCCAGAGAGCAGAUACUGGCCAAGAUCCGGGAUUGGGGCUCAGGCUCGGACACGCUGCGCUGCCUGGCACUGGCCACCCGGGAUGCGCCCCCCAGGAAGGAGGACAUGCAGCUGGACGACAGCAGCAAGUUCGUGCAGUAUGAGACGGAUCUGACUUUCGUGGGCUGUGUGGGCAUGCUGGACCCCCCACGGCCGGAAGUGGCCGCGUGCAUUGAACGCUGCCGCCAAGCUGGCAUCCGGGUGGUCAUGAUCACCGGGGACAACAAGGGCACAGCUGUGGCCAUCUGCCGCCGGCUGGGCAUCUUUGGGGAGACGGAGGACGUGGAGGGUAAGGCCUACACCGGCCGCGAGUUUGACGACCUCAGCCCCGAGCAGCAGCGCCAGGCCUGCCGCACGGCUCGCUGCUUCGCCCGGGUGGAGCCGGCACACAAGUCUCGCAUCGUGGAGAACCUGCAGUCCUUCCACGAGAUCACAGCCAUGACUGGAGAUGGGGUGAACGAUGCCCCUGCCCUGAAGAAAGCUGAGAUUGGCAUUGCCAUGGGCUCGGGCACAGCUGUGGCCAAGUCGGCCGCGGAGAUGGUGCUCUCCGAUGACAACUUUGCCUCCAUCGUGGCUGCCGUGGAGGAGGGCCGGGCCAUCUACAGCAACAUGAAGCAGUUCAUCCGCUACCUCAUCUCGUCCAAUGUUGGCGAGGUUGUCUGCAUUUUCCUUACGGCAAUUCUGGGUCUGCCUGAAGCCUUGAUCCCUGUGCAGCUGCUCUGGGUGAACCUGGUGACAGACGGCUUACCUGCCACGGCCCUGGGCUUCAACCCUCCAGACCUGGACAUCAUGGAGAAGCUGCCCCGGAACCCUCGCGAGGCCCUCAUCAGUGGCUGGCUCUUCUUCCGAUACUUGGCUAUUGGAGUGUACGUCGGCCUGGCCACAGUGGCUGCUGCCACCUGGUGGUUCCUGUACGACGCAGAGGGACCUCACCUCACUUUCUACCAGCUGAGGAACUUCCUGAAGUGUUCCAGUGACAACCCACUCUUUGCCGGCAUCAACUGUGAGGUCUUCGAGUCCCGCUACCCCACCACCAUGGCCUUGUCCGUGCUGGUUACCAUCGAAAUGUGCAAUGCUCUCAACAGCGUCUCGGAGAACCAGUCGCUGCUGCGGAUGCCACCGUGGCUCAACCCCUGGUUGCUGGCAGCCGUGGCCAUGUCCAUGGCACUGCACUUCCUCAUCUUGCUGGUGCCACCCCUGCCUCUCAUUUUCCAGGUGACCUCCCUGAGUGGGUACCAGUGGAUAGUGGUGCUCCAGAUUUCUCUGCCUGUCAUCCUGCUGGACGAGGCCUUCAAGUACCUGUCACGGAGCUGCCUGGAUGAGGACAAGGAGCAGAAGUAAGCGCAGGGCCCGCGUGGGUGCUCCUGCUCCACCGCCCGCCUCUGCUUGCCCGUUCCUCACCCGGCCACGCUGAGCCCCGGACGGCCACCCCCAGCCUCGGC